AUUGCAAAGCCGGGUUUUUUGGGUUGUUGCCUAAAAUUUGGUCGUUUGCAUAGUGGAGGCACAAUCCAUUCACAGUCGUUGUCACUGUUUUUAAUGACAGCUGUUAACGGCCUGUGGGUUUUGUCUGGGUUUUGUGUCUGAAUUCUCUUUGGGUUUCUCGCCUUCCUCAUUGCUGUUUUCAUUGGCCAGGUUGUCUGGGAAGUGCAACUCCCACCCCCCUCCCAGAUGAUCAUUUUUAUAUUCAAAAUAGAGCAAGGAAUCCUUGGGGGGGGAGAAAAGAGUCAGUUCUGACACAAAGACCUGAUUAAAAAAAGAAAGCCCAUUAAAAGCAUUUCCAAAAUCAGGCUGCUCCUGCAAUCCAGGGGAUGUAACAUUCCAAGGGGUUGGUCCCAUGGAUGGUGUGGACGUGGUGGGAGCCUGAGGCCUCUAACAGAGAUUUGGCCGGGGCCUUCAGCCCCAUGGAGCAUCUGACAUGGGUCCGACCCGUGGCUCGUACGUCCUCGGAUCGUGUCCCCAGGAGCAGCAGCGUGGGAAGCAGGAUGGGGUUGCUCGGGAGCAAAAAUCAGCUGAUGCCCAAUGAGAAACACACUUCUGGAGGCAACCCAAAAACCAGGAGUAAACCUCCUCCUGCUCCCCCCAAGGGCAGACAAUUUAUCAAAACCCCUCAUCUAAACCAAGCCUCUGCACAAGAUAACUUGGUUGUGGUUGCACUGUACGAUUUUCCUGCCUCGAGUGACCGUGACCUGGAGCUGGUCAAGGGGGAGAAACUGCAAGUCCUCUCCAAUGAUGGAGACUGGUGGCUGGCAAAGUCCCUCAGCAGUGGCAGGAAAGGCUACAUCCCCAGCAACUUCGUUGCACAAGUGGACAGUUUGGAAGAGGAAAAGUGGUAUUUUAGAACUCUGAGCAGAAAAGAUGCUGAAAGGCUGCUCCUGUCCUCUGGUAACAAAGCUGGCUCUUUCCUUGUCCGAGAGAGUGAAACAAGCCAAGGUGCCUAUUCCCUGUCUGUGAGAGACAGCAACUCUGCCCAGGGGGACAUCAUCAAACACUACCGGAUCCGCUCCUUGGAUGAUGGGGGGGGAUAUUACAUCUCCCCCAGGAUGACGUUCUCCAGCCUGCCAGAGCUCAUCCAGCAUUACUGCCAGAGAGGGGAUGGCCUGUGCCAGCGCCUCACAGCUCCCUGCAUAUCCCUGGUUCCCCAGAGACCCUGGGCACAGGACGAGUGGGAGAUCCCACGGGAGUCUCUGAAGCUUGUGAAGAAGCUCGGCAGUGGGCAGUUUGGAGAAGUGUGGAUGGGCUAUUACAAGAGCAACAUCAAGGUGGCUGUGAAGACCAUGAAGGAGGGCAGCAUGGAUCCUGAUGCCUUCUUGGCAGAGGCAAACUUGAUGAAGAAGCUGCAGCACAACAAGCUGGUCCGGUUAUAUGCAGUGGUCACCAAGCAGCCCAUCUACAUCGUGACAGAGUACAUGGCCAAUGGGUGUUUGCUGGAUUACUUGAAGACGGAAGAAGGAAGCCAGCUGAGUCUCCCCAAGCUCAUCGACAUAGCUGCUCAGGUGGCAGAGGGGAUGGCCUACAUCGAGCGCAUGAACUUCAUCCACCGCGACCUGAGAGCCGCCAACAUCCUCGUCUCAGAGACCCUCUGCUGCAAAAUCGCUGAUUUCGGGCUGGCCAGGAUCAUUGAGAACGAAUACCUGGCACAGGAAGGUGCAAAAUUCCCAAUCAAAUGGACGGCACCAGAGGCCAUUAACUAUGGAGUUUUCACCAUCAAAUCUGACGUGUGGUCCUUUGGGAUCCUCCUGACAGAGAUCAUAACCUAUGGCAGGAUCCCUUAUCCAGGGAUGACCAACCCCGAGGUGAUCCGCAACCUGGAGCGCGGCUACCGCAUGCCCUGCCCGGAGCUGUGCCCCGCGGAGCUCUACAGCGUCAUCCUGAAGUGCUGGCGCAGCAAACCCGAGGAGCGCCCGACCUUCGAGUACCUGCAGUCGGUGCUCGAGGACUUCUACACGGCCACGGAGAAGCAGUACGAGCCAGAGCCUCAGCAGUGAAGCCACCGCCCACCAGCACCUGGCAACGGGGCUGGAGGGAAGACACCACCCUGUGGUACUUUCCUUUUCUCCCGUGUGCCGCCCACGAUGCGCUGGGAGACAGGGAAUGAGGAGGGACACGAUGCUGCCGGCUCUGUGGUUGUCACAGAGACUAAAGAGGAGGCUGAGAGAUGUCACAACUCCUUCCUCAUCCGCCCUGGAGGUCUGUACCCACUUUGCAGAUAUGUCCUCUGCCAGGAAGGACAGCUGAUUUCUUCGUGGCCCAGUUGGAUACAGAAAAGCGCCUCAGCCCUGCAGCUGCAGCCCUGGGAAGAAGGGACCAUGGCCGGGGUGGGGGUGGGGGUGGGAGGUGCAGAAUCUCCCCCACAUUUCUGAUUCCACUGCUGGCAAUACUACAACCCCCUCCGUGCCACGGGCAGGGGUGGGAGCGUGUCCUGUCUGCACCUCCUUGGGCCACACCAGGCUUCCGAGCUCUGGAGAAAUGUCUCCAGGUGAUGCCCCCACUCUUUCCCAAGUCAUUAAUAAAAAGGUGGAUACCACCAUUUCACAUUUCUUCAUGCGGACAUCAAGGUGAGAGUAAGCACCUGUGCUUCCCGCGCCCGCCUCCAUCCCAUGCAGAAGGGAGAGGCUGCAGGGCUUCCCUGGAAGCACGGGGUGGUGCUGGGGUGGUAGUCGGGGUGGGAAGGGAGGGAUUCCCGAGGUGCAGCCCAUCGGAGGCAGGAGAGACGUUCGUAGUGUGGCCACGAGAUGUCCCUCCUUCCCAGCAAAUCCGAGCGGCUCCUGGGAAUCAAAAAUAUAUAUAAUAA